AAAGAACGUGAACACGGAAGAGCCGCACAGAGAAGCGUCAAUACAAGAGAGGGGCGAGAGAGGCACAGAAAACGUGAAGACGGAAUUCGGCGAGCAGUGAGUGAAGCGCGAGCCAGGAAGAAUUCCCCAGCAACUCAGCAAGAGAGGCCCGGCCGCCGAUUCCGAUCGGCCGCGAGAAUGUUCAAGUCGCGGCUGAAUGAGCUGUGCCACCAGCAGCGGUGGGCGCCGCCGGCGUACACCCACCAGCUCGAGGGGCCGGCCCAUACGCCCAAGUUCCGCGCCACCGUGGUCGUCAACGGCUCCGAGUUCCACUCGCCGGAGGAGGAAGCCUGGCCGACCACGGCCAAGGAGGCCCAGAGCCUCGCUGCCAAGGCAGCCUUCGAGCACCUUUCCUCUCUCCCGCCUCCUCCUCCGCCGCCGCAGCCCGGAACCCAAGUUGAUUAUAAGAGUCAGUUGCAAAUUUAUGCCCAGAAGAGACGCAAAGAUAUUCCUUUUUAUCACUCCAUUCGGAGUGGUCCACCCCAUGCAACUCUGUUCAAGACAACAGUGACCAUAGAUGGGCAAACAUUUGAAAGUCCACAAGAAUAUCACACAAUAAAGGAGGCAGAAUUUGCUGCUGCAAGAGUUGCCCUGAUGUCAUUACCUCAAGAAGCAAACCCACCACAGCAAUUGCUGGCUGAAUCAACUUCAUCUAUUUCUUUCCCUGGAAAUCAGCCUAAUUAUAAGCUUCAAUUGCAAAUUUAUGCUCAGAAGAGAGGCAAAGCGCUGCCUUGCUAUUGCCGUAUCCAGGAAGGUCCAUCUCAUGCACCUCUGUUCAAGUCAAUAGUGACCAUAGAUGGACGAACAUUUGAAAGUCCACAGUACUGUCUCACACUUAAGGAGGCAGAAUCUAUUGCCGCAAAACUUGCUCUGAUUUCCUUAGCUCAAGACGCAAGCUCGCAACCGGUUCAAACAAUAUCUCAUAAUAGGGCUCGACAGGAUUUAGCUGAGAAAGAAGGCUCCCCCUUGGAUGUCUACAAUGCUACAUUAGAUGAUUCAAAUCAUUUUUCUAUCUCCAAAGAAAAAGUGGAAACUCAAGGCAGAAGUUUUCAGGCAGGACCUGGGCACACUAAGAAGCAAUCCGAGAUGAUUGCUACUGAGCUUGCUUUUCAACAUUCUGAAGACCUUGGAUCACAGAUGCAAACAGGAACUGAGAACCGCACUGAUCAAGAGUUCAAGAUUUUACAGCCUCGUUCUCCAGUAUCCCAAGUAUCAAUGGCAACAAGUGACCAGAAGAAUGACUCUAAUGCUAUUGAUAAUGAUUCUUGCUCUCUUGCCUCCACUAUUCCUCUCCCCAUUGUUGGCACAUCACAACCUCUUGCUGGACCUACCCAAUCUGUCAAGAUGGAAAAUGAUAGAAAAGCCCUUUCAGAGCCAAGCACUGAGGUUGAAGUAAUGGACUCAACUCCAGAGCGCACAUUGCUCCCAUUAGUCUCAAAGCCACCAACCAAUACUUCAAAGAUUGCGGUGACAACAAGUACAGUGCUUAUUGCUUCACAAGCUCUCGUUGAACCUAUUCAAUCUGUCAAGAUGGAAAAUGGUAAACCAGCAAUUCCAGAGCCAAGCACCGAGGCUGAAGUAAUGGACUCUACUCCGGAACCCACGUCUCUCCACUUAACCUCAAGGCCACCAACCAAUACUUCCAACUUUGCGGUGACAACAAGUACAAUGCCUGUUGCUUCACAAGCUCUUGUUGAACCUAUCCAAUCUGUCAAGAUGGAAAAUGGUAAACCAGCAAUUCCAGAGCCAAGCACCGAGGAAGUAAUGGACUCUACCCCGGAACCCAUGUCUUUCCACUUAACCUCAAGGCCACCGACCAAUACUUCCAACUUUGCGGUGACAACAAGUACAAUGCCUGUUGCUUCACAAGCUCUUGUUGAACCUAUCCAAUCUGUCAAGAUGGAAAAUGGUAAACCAGCAAUUCCAGAGCCAAGCACUGAGGCUGAAGUAAUGGACUCUACUCCGGAACCCACGUCUCUCCACUUAACCUCAAGGCCACCGACCAAUACUUCCUACCUUGCAGCGUCGAGAAGUAAAGCACCUGAUGCUUCACAAACUGUUGUUCAACCUGUCCAGUCUGCCAAGGAGGAUAAGGAUAAAACAACAGUUCAAGAACCAAGCUCUGAGGCUGAAGUAAUGGGCUCAACCCCAGGACCCACGUCCCUCAAUAAUACUUCCACACUUGCUGCGUCAACAACUGCAAUGCCUGUUACUUCUGUUGGAUGCGGCUGCUCGAUGUUAACUAACCGAAUCCAGGUCUACCCACGCCGCCCUGACAUGGUAUUGCCAGAAGGUGCAACCGUUCUUCCUUUUAGUGAUGAAGCGUGGGUGGCUGUCAGCCUACCAUUCCUUCAACCUUGAAGGCAGUAUUACUACAGCUAAUCCAUCGAAGUGAAAGGACCCAGUGAUGUUGCUCUAGGCUGUAGUUGACCUCAUGUUUUUAGUUAAACUUGCAUCUUGUGUUCUGGUAGUAAGCAAGCGUAAUUAACAUGCCCGCGGUGCAACUUCAGUUAUUCUCUUCCAUGUUCAGACUGAUGUAACUUUGUGCUAUAUAGUUGAUGGUACUGGCUGAACCAUCUAGCAGAACAUGAAUUAUAUUCGUACCAGGUUAUAACUUUGAAUUAGAUAUUUGGACCAUACAGUUUGUCUUUUAGCUUCCUA